AUGUUGAUGAAUACCUUUUCAUGUACGACUGCCAGCAGUCAUCGUUGUAGUACUUUUCGACCAUCACGAUCGAAUCAUUCUCAUCAACAACAACACCACUCGAUCAUGACCUUUUUAAUCAUCUUCAUCUCCGCUUUGGUGAUCAUCACACAAUUCUCUAGUCAAGUCCUUUCACAACAAUUGACGGUCAACUCUCCUAGAACUUCCAUGCCCAGCAAUCAAGAUGCCACUGAUCCUGGAAAAUGGAUUGAAUAUGGAAUUUAUUUGAUUAUUAUAUUUGUGGUGAUUCUUGUGUUGGGUUUGAUUGGAUAUGUGAUUGUGAUUGGAUUCUUUUGUUGUCGAUUGUGUGGAUGUUGUGGAGGAUGUAAACCAAAGAAAAAAGGUGCCACUCAUCCCUACAAAAAGAAAGACCUCCUUGUUCCAUCCAUUCUUGCCAUUAUUGGUUACAUUUCAUUGCUCAUUGUGUGUAUCUUGGGUCUCAUUUUCAGUGGUCUCUUUUCACAAAAUAUUCGAGUCAUGGUGAAGGAAACGAGAAGUCUAAUCGGCAAUGUGAAUGGUACAGUGUCAGGUGUUGGAACCAUUGGUAAUGCUGCCAGUGACAAAAUUCCAGUUCUUGUGAAUGGUUUUACUCCAUUGGUUGAUGGUGCAUUUAAAUUGUUAUCUCCUGUGGAUAACAUGGCUCAAACUGUUCAAAAUUCAAUUAAUACCUUGUAUCAGGUCAAUAAUACGGAUGCUCCUGUGAUUUAUCAACACAUUGAUAAUGUGAGAGCAGAUUUGAAAACAUUGAAAAAUCGAACAGAAUUGCAAAAUGUUCCAGAUCCAAAUACAGCCAUUCCUGAUGUUCGUAGCACUGUCACGAGUGGAAUUAAUACUGGUAUUUCUGCUCUUCAACAAGGUGAGAAAAUCAUUGUUGAUGCUAGGGCCAGUCUUAACAAUACCAUUUACUCCACCAAAAAUACGAUUAAUUCAACAGUUUACAACACAAUUAACACGACAUUGGUGAGCUCCUUGUCAUCAUUUACUUCUCAAAUUUCAAAUGUAAUGGAAAUGGUCAAUACUUAUUUACCAGAGAGUCGUGUCGAUGAUGUCACUUACUAUGUUUAUGCCGCUGAAAAUGCAAGAAUUUCAUUGGUGACUAUUUUCUUUGUUUGGUGUGGAUUUUUGUACCUUUUCACACUUUUGGGAAUUGUAUUCAAAGUACCAAUUUUGGUAGAAGUCACCAGCUGUUGCACAUGUGGAACUGCAUGGCUAUUUUUCCUUGUGGCUGCCUUUCAAAUUCCAAUUUACAUUCUCGUCAAUGAUUUGUGUACCACAGCUCCAAGCACUGUGAAAUAUUUGGGUGACAGUUAUGGAAAUCCACUCAUUCAUGGAGCUACUGGAAAUUUUGUAACUCUACCAAACGUUUCUGUUCUUAUUGAUCGAGUAGCAACUUGCACUCCUGGACAAAGUUAUUUAAAUGCUGCUUUGGGAGCUGAUUUCUUAGGUGCAUUAGGUAUUGAUAACAUGAUUGGUUCUGCUACUGGCAGCAUUGCUGGAGCUCUUGAUUCAUUCAAUGUCACAUCAUUGGUUGACUCUGCAAAGAGUUAUAUUGUGUCUGCGAAUUUGACAUCCAUCAAGACGGAUUACACCUCUGAUGUCAUAUCUGCUCAAAACCAGCUUAACACUUCCUUUAGUCAACUUCAAGAUAUUCAAAAUUUCAAUGGAUUUAGUUAUGCCAAUUACACAAAAGCCAUCGAUGAUGUGAACGCUGCUGUGAGUCCUUAUGGUCUCUAUUAUACUUAUCAAAAUAUUACACUCUUGGAUUGUAAUGCUCCUCCUAUUAAUCAAGAUUCACAAGCUCAACAAAAAUGUAACACGACCAAAGCAAAUGCUCUCGAUCAACUCACACUUUACAAUACUACCUUGACUGAAGUGUUGAAACUGAAUGCAACAGCCAAUCAUUUAAGAGCAGGAUUGCAAACUCUUGUGAAUGAUUUUAACAGUCUUUCUAAUACUUUUGCUCCAAUUAAGAGUUUACCAAAUACUUUGGUCACUCAAUUGGAUACUCUUGCUUUGAACAUUUCGAAUUAUGUGACUGAUUUGAAAAGUAGACUAAAUUCAACCAUCAAAUCAGCACUCACGGAUUAUAUUAAUAAUGUGACAGCAACGUCAUUGGAUUGUGGAUAUGUGGGAUCUUAUGUGUCAACCACUGAGAAAACAGUGUGUUAUGGAAUGACUAACGAAACCUUAAUUACUGGAAUUCUCUCACUCAUUAUUGGUGUCAUUAUGAUUAUUAUGUUUGUUGUGUUGUUAAUUUUAGGAAAGCGAUUGAGAUAUCAAACGUCGAAGGGACUGGUAGAUCCACCGAUGGGAGCAGAAAUGGUGGAACCAUCCAUGCAACAAGGUCUCCCACCCAUGGAUUUACAUCAUUAG